AUGCCCCAAAUUACAAAGCUGUCCAAAAAGCAGCUCAAAGCAUUGAAAUUCAAGUCGAAGACAUCUGAAAAAGCUGCUAGUCAACUUGAAGAAAUAGAGGUUAAGAAGAAGCAGGCCGAGGAGGCUAGUCUCAAACCAAAGAAGAAGAGAAAGACUAGAAGGGGACAUCACGGUAAAGGAAAGAAUGGAUCCAAUAGUGGGUCCAGAUUCCUUUUAUUUGUGGGAAAUAUACCCUAUGAUAUUGGAGAGAAGGAGUUAAGGGAGCAUUUCAAAGCUGGAAAGCCGGAUAUUGUUAGAGUGAGAAAAGAUAAGGGUAUAGCAUUCCUUGAAUUCCUCGGAGAGAAUGGGCACAUUCAAGGACGUAUUGAUGCCUGUUUAGCACUUCAUCAUUCUCUGCUGGAGAAACGAAAGAUCAAUGUGGAACUUACCGCUGGAGGUGGUGGAAAUUCGGUGAACAGAGUGGAUAAGAUUAAGACCAAGAACGAUAAGUUGAUGAAAGAACGUAUUGAUAAGAUUCAGAAAGAAAGGGCCAAGCAGCAGAAGAGUAAUGAAAAGGGAGAUGAUGAAGAUGAGGAGGCUACUAAAGCUGCAUUGGAAGCCAACAAUGGAAUACAUCCAUCAAGGCUGGCCAUGAUAGAAAAGGACAAUUAA